GCUCCGUGUGUUCCUGCUUCUAUCCCAGGAUCUAUGCGGCUCCAACGACAGGAAAGACGGACUGGUGAUUGUAGCCAAAACAAACGCCUUGCUCCUGCAACACUGGAUCUUUUUUUCUACAUGCGCCUCCAAUCGGAAUAAAUAACUGAGGAAUGUGGAAAUUACAGAAUGCCCAACAGCGCUGGAAAGAGAUUUAAACCCACCAAAUACAUCCCGGUGUCCACUGCUGCCACACUCCUGGUGGGAUCGACCACUUUAUUUUUCGUUUUCACGUGCCCCUGGUUGACAAAGGCGAUCUCUCCCGCUGUGCCCGUCUACAAUGGCCUCGUCUUCCUCUUCGUGUUGGCCAACUUCAGCAUGGCAACCUUCAUGGACCCUGGUGUUUAUCCACGAGCGGAUGAAGACGAGGACAAGGACGAUGAUUUCCGAGCGCCGCUCUACAAGAACGUGGAGAUCAAGGGCAUUCAGGUCCGGAUGAAGUGGUGCGCCACCUGUCACUUCUACAGGCCGCCUCGCUGCUCACACUGCAGCGUGUGUGACAACUGUGUGGAGGACUUUGACCAUCACUGUCCCUGGGUGAACAACUGCAUCGGACGGAGGAACUACCGCUACUUCUUCCUCUUCCUGCUGUCGCUAAGCAUCCACAUGGUGGGAGUUUUCUCCUUCGGCCUCCUCUUCGUCCUCCACCACCGAGAGAGGCUGGCAGCGCUGCACACCACCGUCACUCUGGUGGUGAUGUGCAUAGCCGGGCUUUUCUUCAUUCCAGUCAUGGGACUCACAGGUUUCCAUAUGGUGCUCGUGGGUCGAGGCAGAACCACCAAUGAGCAGGUGACGGGCAAGUUUCGCGGAGGAGUAAAUCCCUUCACCAGGGGUUGCUGUGGCAACGUGGAGUACGUCUUAUGCAGUCCCCUGGCACCGAGGUACACACUGGACCCCAGGAAAAAGGCCCACGUUAAAAUCCAGCCCCCCUUCAUCAGACCUGACCUGUCGGACAGACAGAUCACCAUCAAGGUCUCCGACAAUGGGAUCCACAACACCAUCAUCCGUUCCAAGUCCAAAAGCAGCCUGGACGGCCUGGACGAAAAAGAAACCCAGCCGCCCCUGCCGCCCAAAGCUGACAGGUACAACCAGCUGAAGAACCAGCUGACCUCCAGCGAAGUAGAGAGCUCGCUCUCUGGUAAGACGCAUCCUUCCACUCCAGCCAUGUACAAGUACAGACCGUCCUUUGGCACCAUGCCUAAAGUCCACUACCACACAGCUGGAGAGAAGAUUGUCAUGGCAGACGACCUGAAGACCUCGGCCAUCAUGGAGGAGGGUGUCCGUGGUCAUGACUACCGAUCCGAGCCGAACCUGGACAUGCCCGAGUACACCAACGCUCCCCUCCACCGCACCUUCCAGUCAUCCCCCCUCCAGCUGGACUCGGACCCCAUCGGCUCCCGCUCGCUCAGCCUGAAGCAGGGUCACUGCCGGCCGGAGAAGAGCCAGCUCCCCGCCCUGCAGCCACAGGCGCACACCUCCACCCCCUACAAGAGCGUCUUCUCCCCCAACACGCUCUCCAACCGCAACGGCAGCCUGUCCUAUGACAGCCUUCUCAACCCCAGCGUCUCCCCCGCCGCUGCCGCCGAGUGCAUGGCCCACCGCGCUGCGCCCUCCAGGGGCUUCCACUCGCCGUACCUGCCCACCAAAAUGUGCCACAUCCGGGAGCCUGAGAUGCAGAGGCAGCAGGUGACGCUCACCUACAGUCCAGUGCUGCCCCCUAGAGGGAUGGGUAGGCAGUCCCCCCAUCCGAGGGAUAGGGACCCAUCCCCGGUCCGCUAUGACAACCUCUCCCAGACCAUCAUGGCCUCCAUCCAGGAGCGCAAAGAGAUCGAGGAGAGGGAGAAGCGCCAGAUGCUGCGCGGGCGCUCCCAGACACAUAUCUACGCCCAGGACUCCGGCGUUUUCGACGGGGGCUACGGUCUUACCCAUAAUGCUUGCUACCCAGAAGGGCCUCGCUGCCCUGUUUCCAGGGGCCCCACACCCCCAGCCUACGGAGGCUCCAGGGACAACCUGAUGGGAGUCGGGCUGAGCUAUGGGCAGCGAACCCCUGUGUUGCGCCACGCCGGCUCCACAUUAGGCCGGGCGCCUAGGACUUCAUCCACCUCCCUGCACACUGACCACAGCAGCUCCAACAGCAGCCACAGCCGGGCCCCCUGCCCCGACGGGCCCUAUUUCUCCCCGUCCCACCAGCCCCGUUCCCCUGCCAUGCCCCGAUCCCCCUCUUACUCCCACCAGAAACUCUCCUACAUCAGUGCCCUCGAGAGGACAGACUCGCCUCGUCUGGGGGGCCCAAGAGAGGCCAUGAAAGUAAACGGGCAGAUGGACUGCCACCCCAGUGCCCAGGGUGCCACACUCAGCCCCAGUCGCCAUAGUAACGUCAAAAAGGUGACGGGUGUGGGAGGCACUACGUACGAGAUAUCAGUGUGAGAAGACACUCCGCGUCCAAUGACAACAGCUGACCUGCGACAAAGAGACUCCAGAUUACAGCCAAUCAGGGGGACACAUUACACUUCCUGUUUUGGGAGUUAUCGUCCAAUCACAGGGUCUGUCUGCCAAGUACCUGUGUGAGUUUGUACAGGGCGGUUUUGUUUUGAGUUGAUCCUGUUGCAGGUUGUACUUGUGGAGGAGUGUCCUGCUGACUUUUUGUGGCCGUCCAACAGAUUGUCGAUAUUGUUUCUGUCGUCUAUCAGAUGUGGUCACGACGUCGUCUCCGGUUGUAAUACAAAAAAAAAAAAAACACCACAGAAGAAGAAUUAAACACACAGACGAGAAGUCAAGGUGCUACACAUUGCAUCGCACUGUUUCAGCGGAUCGGGUGGAGUUGUACAGAUUUUAAAAAGUGAUGCAGGAUUGAAAAGUUAUAUAAGCAACAAGUGCGAGUAAAAAAAAAAAAAAAAAAAAAAAGCAGAGAUAUUGAGAGGGGACUGCUCGAGUUUUCUGUCUGGUGGUUGCAUUUGAAAUUUCUCUGAGAAAAGUUUAGAAUGAAAUGAAAUCAAGACGACAAGUCUCAGGAAUAAAUGCAACCAGGAGAGGUCAUCGAUUUCGAUUCACACAUGAUGAAUGUCUCCCUCUGAGGUCAGCUAAGCCCCCCUUCAUAUCCUUCAUUUAUCAGUUUUAUUAUUUCAUCCUGACGCAUGACGAUCGCAGGAUUAACCGUGUUUAAGGAUCAGAAUAUCUCACCCUGUUUCAGCGAGUCGCGUCAGGCUCAACCAAAACAACUUCUCUGUUUAUGUUCUGUCAAGAAAAAAAAAAAAGGUUCAAUAUGAACGUUUUGUGUUAUAACAUAGGAAUGGAAGCGAGCCUUUUGUCCAGUGUAGUGAAAUGAAGACCGCUGGUCAUCCAGUCAUCGUAGUGUAGAUUUUUAUUUGGUUUGAUUCCUUUUUUAUAUACCCAUCAUUUAAAAGAAAUGUUUGAUACAUCUUUUUUUUUAUACACCUAAUGAAGCCUGGAAUUUAGAGUGGAUUUCUAAUUGAUAAAUUCUGAAGCUGAGAUUGUGAUAAUGGACAUAAAAAGAAAACAAAAACAUAAAGUGAAUACAGGUUGUUCUACCUUGCAGUGUGAAGAAGCAUACGAUGAAAUGUUAUGAUAGGGUGUGUGUGUUUUGAGGAAGUGUGAAAUGUUUGAGUCGAUCUCUAAGUCCACGUUAAAAAAAACCUGAAAAUGUGUCUGAGACUUCAUGAAGCCUGAACAUGUCAGGUCAGUCUGCAGCAGCUGUCUGGAACAGCUCCAGUGUCAUCUGCAACUCAAACUGAACUUUAUUUUCAUUUAUUGUUUAAAGUCUCAUCGCAUGAAUUACUUAAAAAGAAGAAGAAGGCGGAGUGGGAGGAGUUUAUCUAUAUUUGAAACGAUCUGAAUAUAUAUAUAUAUAUAUAAAGAAAGCCGUGAGUUUACAUGGAUGUAAAAGAUCUUCACAUAAAGAAUGAACCAUCGUUGCCUUUGAGAGGAGAAGCUUUGCGUUUCAUGAAGCGUAGUGAGAUGAAACACUUGAAGGAACAUUUAGUUAGAACUCCAGAUGUAGGGAGGAGAGUGCUACCUGGACACAAAGAAGGGAAGGUGAGAGGUGGUGUUCUUUGCAAAACGAUGUAAGCAGUCAAAGAAGAAAACAGCUAAGACAUCUUUAUUCUCACAGCAUGGUCAUGUGGAUGGCGUUAUCCCGACAUGAAAUAGCCCAGGGUCAAUUCCACAGUAGCAACCCAGCCUCACUACAAACCUUCGGUAUAGACCACAUAAGUGUUGUAGUUAAGACCACACUAACCGAGACCAGAGUGCUCUGAGACAAGACAUUUAGAGAGCGAGAGUGAGACCCUAAAUAUGACUGAAAAAUCCUCAUCUUGUGUGCAGGGGGGCGUCACUCACUUAGACCGUAACACUGGGAGGGUUGUGGAGGUAACUGGGGAUAAAAAUCUGAUUCGAAUGAAUCUCAGUAAUGACGUGGAAAAAUAGCCCAUCAGUGGUGUUCUUGAGACCAAGACUACUAUUCUACUACAACACUAGACCACAUCCCAUCGUCUCUAAGAAAAGGUGACAGACCAGAACCUGCAGGAUCGUUUUGUAGUUUUAUUCCCCUUUUUGACAUCAGUGUAGACAUUUUUUUUUAAAGAUUUAUUCUCUGGCUUUAAGUGCCUUUUAUUUUGGAGACAGGACAGUGGAUAGAGUCGGAAAUCAGGGCAUGCUGAAAAGAUGCCACAGGUCGGAUUCUAACCUGGGACGCACACUUAGAGGACUAUAGCAUCCGUACAUGGGGCGCGCGCACUAACCACUAGACUACUGGCACUUCCUCUGAAUAUAGGAAUGAGAUUAUUUUAUUUACACACAUUGGCUUUAAUAACGUCAUCUCCUGAAGUUUGUAGGUGUACUGACGCUCUGCAGGCCACACCUCUCUGACUCCAAGUGUGGAACUGGUCGAGUCCCACUAUGAACGGCUCAGUGUUUCUCUCCAUCUGUUUUUACUUCCUGAUGAAGGCCGGGCGCUGAAAUGUGAUCCACAUGAGCGUGCUGUGACAGUAAAGGUGUUUGAAUCGUUUCUUCUUAAAAAAAAAAUGUGCUAGUGAGCAGGAGUGAGCAGGAGUGGGGGGGCGCCGGAUAGCCUAGCGGUUAUACUGUGCACCCAAUGUACAGAGGCUGUAGUCCUCGUUGCAGUGACCGCGGGUUAGAAUCCGACCUUGGCCCUUUGCUGCAUGUCAUCCCCCUCACUUCCUCGCUCUCCUCGGCUGUCCUGUCUAAUGAAGGCAAAAAAAAGGCCCCAAAAAUAAAAUCUGAGACUGACUUUAAAAUGUGAAUGGAAAGGUCUGGAAGAAGAAAAAGAUUUAUGACAUUUUUUAAAGGAUUUUUACAUUUCCCUCGAGCUCAGAGUGUGGAGGUGGCUCGGCUGUGGUGGACUUUAGCGUCUGACCGGGUUGGAUGUUAUCGAUGCGGGACUGUAAGUUCGGGUCUCUUUGAAGGUCUCACCCAGCUGCCUUAGCAUGAACACAGGAGUGUGAGGCUGACAGAGUCCAGUAUAUCUGGAUGGUUUAAGAAGCUGUGGUUUACAGGGCUACCUUACUGGAACAUCUUGAAACACCUGAACAGACCAUUAGCUGCUGAGUUGAAACCCACCCCCCCUACAGUUUGACCACACAUCAGAACACUAUCGAUGUCAUUCCUCUCUAAGAUGACUGCCAUUAAGAGUCCGCUGUUCCUCUGUGGGGGACGGACAUCGCUGCAGGUCAGGGGUCAUUCCUGACAGUCAACAAUGAAUCUGUCCAAUCAGCAGCGAGCUGAAACAAUAACAUAUGUAUGAGAAAUAUAGAAUAUACGUCAUGUACAUGCGUUCCUAUUUUUGUGAAGAGGAAGUAUUUCCCAACGAGCUGAGAGUAAAUAAAAGUUUCAAACUCUG